UGUACAAGGGCAUGAUUGCACUGGACACCUUAAAUAAACAUAUUUGAAGAGUUACACCUAGAGUAUCUAGCGUACCAGAUAAAGAAACAUUUUGGCUAAUUUUUGCAAAUGUAUAGAAUUUUUUUAAAUAGAAGAGAUUCUAAAGUUUCUACAGUAAAUAGCAAAUAAGUUUGCUGGAUUUUGGGUACAACACCCUAUGUUUCUCAUUGAAAACAUCAUAUACACUAUGAUUUUUUAAAUGGCAUUAUAUAGCAUGACCUUUUUUUAUGACACAUUAUACUUAAACUUUUGUACAACAUGACAUACUAUACUUUGAUUUAUUUAAUGACAUUUAUGGUAAACUAUAUGUCAUACUUUUCCUGAUUAUGGGUAAUCAUAAUUACGACUUUUGAUUACUUUUUGACAUACUAUAAUAUGACUUUUUCCAUGAUACUUUCUACAAACUAAAGUAUGCCUUAUCGACAUACUGAACUAUGACUUUUUAAAAAUAUAUAUUCAAAAACGAUACUAUUACUCUUUUCGACAUACUGUGCUAUUACUUUUUUUAUUAUAAUUUUAACAUUAAACCUUUCGAAGCCUUGAAUUUAUAAUCAAAUAAGUGUUGAAUAUUCUUGCAAAUAUCCCAGCUGUCUGAGCAUCGGAUGCUGUGCCUCCGCUCGUCGCUGCCUCCACUGCGCAGCCGCAGUUUCUCUGGAAGCAGAGAGCAGCAGACAGAUAUAAAAAUGGCCCUCGAUAAUUUAAUUUUCGGCCAAUGCAUCCUUUAUUUUUUAGCCUUCGUAUUCGGCUUCAUCGCCGUGGUGCCUAUGUCUGAAAACACGGAGGAUUUCGGAGGAAAAUGCCUGCUCUUCACGCGGGGAAUGUGGCAAAACGAGAACAUCACAGUGUCGAAGCAGCGCUUCAUCGUGGAGGAGUGGGGACCCGAGUCUUCGUGCAGCUUCAUCACUUUUGUCGGGAUAGCGUCCCUCAUACUGUCCGCAGUGCAGGCAUGGAGGCUGCUGUUCUUUCUGUGCAAAGGACACGAUGACUCCAUCUUUAAUGCAUUCCUCAACCUGAUGAUCAGCUCCCUGGUGGUGUUCAUAGUCUUCCUGUCCAGCACCAUCGUCAGUGUUGGUUUCAACAUGUGGUGCGACUCCGUCACAGAGGGUGGGACUAUGCCCAGCAGCUGUGAGGACCUGCAGGACACUGAUCUAGAACUCAGCCUGGACAACUCUGCUUUCUACGACCAGUUUGCUAUAGCUCAGUUCGGCCUGUGGGCUUCCUGGCUCACUUGGCUUGGGAUCGCAGUGAUGGCUUUCCUUAAGGUCUACCACAACUACAGACAAGAGGACCUUCUGGACAGCUUGAUCCACGAGAAGGACCUGCUGCUUGGUCGCUCCUCACGCCGCAACUCUGACCUCAAGAGCGGCCUGAUUUAGAAACCAGAGGACACACCAACAUACACACUCGCUCAUAUUCAUUUGCGCAGUCUUCAUGCCAUGAGAAACACCAAUGUUUGCCUCUGUAGACAAUCAAACUGGCUUUUGCUCUCAUUGAUCAUGGAUUGAAUAAAACAGAAGGUUUUAGCUUUGUUCUCCAAAGGUAAUUGAUUUUCCCUCCAAAAAUCUCCCAGUGGUGGUUAAUCCUUGAGGAAUUUAGCCUUAUUGAGCUUAUUCGUCCAAUGCUUGCAUUCCUCUUCCACACAAACAACCAUAAUUCAGCUCCCACAGUAUUAAAACCAUUUAAUGGAAAUGUACUUCCAGUUUUUUCUAUUUAGCGACCCAUUUUUAAUGGAUGGACAAAUUGGCUAGUGGAUCAUGUUGUCUUUGUGAAAGUUCUGCAUGGACCAAAUGCAUGACAAAUUAAUAGGGUGGUGGUUUUUAGAUGUAAAGGGUUGUUAUUUUUAGUUUUAUACACCAAUUAAUGUAUUCCGAAGGAUAUUUUCUGGUAGGAUGUGCAAUGAAUCUCUAUGAAGAAGUCUUUGCAUGCUGCAGCAAAGUAAAAGGAUAUGUGCUGUUGCAAUGUAUUCAAAUCUUAAAUCAGCAGUCACAAAAGGUGUUUCAUAAAAUGACAAAUUGUAGUUCAGUACAUUUAGGUAUCAGGCAGUCGGUCCCAAAAUGCUUUUAGCAAUCUAUGUGAGAUAAAAAUAUAUUGUGCCAUAUAGUAACUCAGGCCUCUUCUUCACACUUUUGCUACAAACCAAUAUACUGUAUUACUGUGAGUAGACACAAAUAUACCCGCAUGCAUCUUUGUCCCUCUUACAUACACAUCACACACUUACUUUUUGGCAGAUAUAACAGGAAGGAAGCACAUCACCUGCUUGUCCUUGAUAGGCAAUGACAGUUUUAUUCAAAACAAGUGAAAUCAUAAAACGGUAGGAACCAAGAAAACCCUCCAUAAAGGCACUUCUUUCAAAGUGACCAUAAACAUGUAGACAGCCAUGAAAUGCUGCUUCUAAACUAAAUGUGCAUAUGCAGGACAUGUGUUUACUGGAUAGCCUGUUGUUUUAUUGCUAUUGACAAUUGAGUCUGACAGUAUGGAGUUGGGAGUGUUUGUUUCUUCUAUACAGGCGUUAUUAGCCUAAUAUUGCUUUGACAUUCAAAUGUGAAACCUCCAACAUCCGAUGCUUUUCUUCCAAACCCUGAAACCUGUUAUAUAAAGCAACGUGU